CCAUCUUCCCCGGAUAUCAACAUCAUGCCAAAGCAGUUCGCCAGAAUAUGAACAUGCUAGUAACGCCUCGUUUAAUGCCUGUUCGCCCAUCCCAGCUACCACUGUCUCAAACGCUGAACCGCCUUUCGAAUCAGCACGCCAGAAGCAAGCCUCUAUCACGCCGAGAUCUGGAUGCACACAUCCUUUUCCUACUUCAUAGUCAUUCCUAUGAAAUCUGCUCGCCACCAGGUCCAGGAUAAUCCAACAAGAACAAUCGCAAUCGUCUCAACAAUACUAGCUGUCCUUUUUAGGUGCGCUGCAUCCCAUUCUGAGUCUGACCAUGAAUUUCUACCAAGAGUUACACCUCUUCUCCGACUGCCCCGUAAUCCGACUCUUAGAGCUCCAUCUUUGCAUCCAAGUCGAUAACGUCCCUGAAAUUGAAGGGAGUCUAACCACUCACGAUCUUCGAGACCUUCCCAAUUUCGAUGCGCUUUCCUAUGCGUGGGGCCCAAAAGACCUGUCGGCGCACAUAACCCUUCAUGGCGAAGUAUUUCUAGUGUCCCAGACUCUGUUUGCUGCCCUGCGACAAAUAUGUGUCAACCAACAGGGAGCUCCAAGAAAGCUGUGGGUCGACGCUAUUUGCAUCAACCAACACGACAAUGCGGAGAAAUCGCAUCAAGUGAUGCUCAUGAAGGAUAUUUACGCCAGUGCGAACAGGGUGCUUUCAUGGAUAGGGCAGCCUGACCAACUCAGCACGCUAGCAUUUGAUACCCUGAAACGAUUCGCCGCCGACGAUGGAACCCCAAAUGGAAGUGCCACAUACCGAGGCAUUCUGAAAGAAGUGAACGAGAGACGAGCAAGCCUCGACCUCGUACUCCAACGAGGGUACUUUUCCCGCUUAUGGAUCGUCCAAGAAGUCGUCGUGGCAAGAAUGGUGACGGUCCUCUGCGGUUCUUUACGUAUUGAUUUCGACAAACUGCGUAUAGCGCUUCAGAGAAUGACCGGCUCCGGAUUUUACCGUUUCUCGUCAUCUAUAGCCAAAGUUGUGUACAUUGGCUCGUGGAGAAGCUCCUUUCAUGAGACGGACUAUCCGGACGGGGAGCGGUAUCUUGACGUACGACUAUUCGAGGACUCUCGCGAUAGAAUUGCUGCCGAUGCGCGUGAUAAAAUUUAUGCGCUACGAGGUAUCGCCAACAAGGCUCUAGGUACCUGUAUCAAAGUGGACUACGACGAUGCUGUCGAAACUGUGUACACGGACUUCGCCAAAACAGUUUUGAGUCUCCGCCAGGAUCUUCAGAUUCUUUCCGCGAUUUAUCUUCGACAUGGUCGGAUGUCGACCCUAAGCCUUCCGUCGUAUGUUCCGGACUGGUCACUUCCCAAGUACGGAGGAGGGUUUCUGCAGAGAUAUUAUCGGUUCAAACCUACACAUGUAUUCCGCGCUGCCGGCACAUCCAUUCCCCGAGUUAGCUUGACCGAAGGCUCGAACACAGUCGGCAUCCAAGGCUCUCGCCUAGAUGUGAUCUCUCGCGUUAUCCCGAUCAAGUCUCUCUUACACACUGGAGAUGGCGACUCAGUGGUCGUAGAUGAAACUAUCCUUCGAGAAUUGUCGGCAACUGCGAGUCCAUCUCUCACAUAUGGCUUUACCAACGAGCCAUCUUGGGUAGCAUUCUUUCGAACACUGACUGCGGAUCGUACGGCUUUAUCCCCGCGCAUCGAUGAAACGUACUGGUCUCAGUACUUCGGCGCAUACUCAGAGGCCAGUCGGCGUAACUCAUCAGGGGACAUCAGCAGUCUGCCGUCGUCAUUGUGGGAGGCGUUGUCUAAGGACGUAGGCAUUAUCAUCGAGGACAAAGAUAUGUUCGUGACUGCCCAGGGCUACUUUGGCCUUGGACACGAGGGCCUUGGCGAAGGUGACGUAGUUUGCAUUCUUUUGGGAGGGGAAGUUCCGUUUCUCCUCCGGCAGACUGGACAAGGAGGUCAGCAGGCUCGAUUUCGGUUCCUGUGUGAAUGUUACGUUCAUGGUGUUAUGGAUGGAGAAGCCGUGAAAGGUCCGGAAAGCGGCUCGCUGGAGGAAUUUCUUAUCGACUGAGCGUUCUCAAUGUCACGCCCUUGACUCCUAUCACUGUUGGGGUCUCGUCUCCCGGGUACGGUGUUUCAGGUAUAUCCUCCACGACAGCUGGUGUAGGUGAGAUCAGAACAAAUGGCGGCAGAGCGUCGCACAGAAUAAAG